UACUCUUCAGAACGUUACAAAAGUUUCCGCUUACGCAAUGCAGUUGCAACAGUUUGUAUUGUGGAUUCUAUGGUUCUUUUGCAUAUUACUGACCUUCUCAUUCAAUUCAGCCCAAAACUGUUUGACGCCAUAUAACCAAAAUGGAUACUGCACAAGAGCAAGCCUUUGCACACAAAUCGGCGAUAAUUUUCUCCAAUACAAUAUGCAAACCAAUAAUCGAGCUACGUAUAGUGAUUAUCUUGGCAAUUCCGUAUGUGGAUUUGAUGGAUACGAUUAUCUGGUUUGCUGUCAAAACCCUUCUGCCACAAAUCCUUCAAAUAUCUACAAUCAGAUAGCAAGUAUCUACACACCGUAUCAGCCUGCUGGACAAGUGUUCCAAUUUGGUCCUGCAGGAGGAACCACAACUGGCAGUUCGGGCAACUAUCCCCCAUAUGCUCAGCAAGGCUAUCCGGGAAACUAUCCAAUUUAUGGUUAUCCUGGUAGUUCAGUGGGAGGAGGAAGUUAUGGACAGUAUACUCUGCCAAGAGAGAGUAUUUGUGGACUUAGUUCUGCGUCAACGAACCGGGUUGUAGGAGGUAACGAAGCACAAAGAGGUGCUUACCCUUGGAUUGCAGCCCUUGGAUAUGAAACUCAAGGAUACGGUGGAGUACCUCGAUUCCUUUGCAGCGGGAGCCUAAUAACACAAAGGCACGUUCUAACCUCGGCACAUUGUGUAACUGCCGAGUUGUAUUCAGUUCGUCUAGGAGCCCAUAACAUAAACGCAAAUAAUCAGCAGGGAGUUAGUGACGUCGCCAUUCAAACUAAAAUCCUUCAUCCAAAUUUUGAUUCGAGGACGAUCACAAAUGAUUUGGCACUAUUGAAGUUAGUCCAAGACGUUCCGAUAACAUCCACUAUUCGCCCAAUAUGCCUUCCUGUGUCAGAGCCGCUUCGUUCAAUGGAUUACACAAGCUACAAUCCAUUCAUUGCUGGUUGGGGUGCAGUAACAUUCCAAGGACCAACUUCGGCUGUUCUCAGAGAUGCCCAAAUUCCAAUAAUUAAUACAAGGACCUGUGAAGCAAAUUACCGUACUCGGUUUCCUACAGUUUCACUUGGCAAUGAUAUUAUCUGCGCUGGUGAUGGAGUCAGGGAUGCCUGCCAAGGUGAUUCUGGUGGACCAUUGAUGUUACCUGAACUUUCGCCCGAUAGAACCAGAUACAAUUUCUACCUAAUUGGGGUGGUGUCUUAUGGAUAUGAGUGUGCCCGUGCGACUUUUCCAGGGGUCUAUAUGAGAGUAUCUCCAUUUAUACCAUGGAUUGAGAGCCAAUUGAAUGUGUGAAAUUUAGAAUUAAUGUUAACCAUUAUAUCUGUAACUAAUAAUAAAUAUAGA